AUGGGUGACAAAACCGAUCCUAACACCACCAAAAUCAUCCAUCCCGUUUACACUGUUGCAAACAUUCAAAACAAAGUCAGAAUCCUGGAUGGAAAGAAGGUAACCUACUCCUCUUGGGUUAAGCUUUUCAAACUUCAUGCUCGUGGAUACAAGGUCCUCUCCCACAUUGAUGGAACCACACCCCCAGCCAAAACAGAUGAAGACUAUGAGUCUUGGUCUGAGAUUGACGCCAUUGUUCUUCAAUGGAUCUACGGGACACUCUCGGACGAUCUCCUCACCCGUGUUCUUGAACCAGAUUCAACAGCUUACGAAGCUUUGAUCAGAAUACAUAAUAUUUUUCUCAAUAACAAAGGUUCUAGGGCUGCUGCUCUUGAACACGAAUUCAACAACUUGACUCUUCGUGUGAUGCCCUCUCUUGAAGAUUAUUGUCAAAGAUUGAAAGAACUCGCUGAUCAACUCGACGAUGUUGAUUGUCCGGUGAAUGAAAAACGCCUCAUACUUCAGCUUGUUCGAGGCCUUCCCACUGAAUACGACCCGGUCGGUGCGUCUGUCAAUCAAAAUCUGCCCCCAUGGGAGACUGCGUGCUCUAUGCUUCAGCUUAAGCACCGACAUCAACAUGCUCGAGAUUCUCUAUCCCCUGCCGAGGUCGCUGCUGCUGUCACCCACGAGCCAUCAAAUCCCCCUCCCAAUUAUCCCAAUCGGCGUGAUACUUCUGCCCCAAAUCGCCGACAACCACAGCGACGUCCUUUUACCCAUCGACCUGGCAACCCAACCUCAAAUCAACGACACACCUCUUCUUCUAAUCGGCGUGGAUCUCAACCUAAUCCACCCAGAUCUCAAUGGCCCAAUCCCUCACAAAUACCUUAUUGGGCUGCUGCCCCCUGGUGGACUACACCUCCUUGUCCUUAUCCAACUAUGCCCAGAUGGGCUUCUCCAUGGAACAGCCCACAAAAUCACAACCCAAUAACCAGACUAGCAAUGCACAGCAGGCUCAUCUUACAGAUAUCAAUCCUCUUGAACCAACAAAACUUGGAGCGGCUUUUAACACCAUGA